CUGCGUCUCCAUCCUCUCCUCCACCAUGGAUGUCUUCAAGAAGGGCUUCUCCAUCGCCAAGGAGGGAGUGGUGGGCGCUGUGGAGAAGACCAAGCAGGGCGUGACGGAGGCAGCCGAGAAGACCAAGGAGGGCGUCAUGUAUGUGGGCACCAAGACCAAGGAGAACGUGGCGCACAGCGUGAGCUCAGUGGCUGAGAAGACCAAGGAGCAGGCCAAUGCCGUGAGCGAGGCUGUGGUCACCAGCGUCAACACCGUGGCCACCAAGACCGUGGAGGAAGCGGAGAACAUUGUGGUCACCGCCGGAGUGGUGCGCAAGGAGGACCUGGAGCACCCCACCCCUGCCCAGGAGAAGCAGGCAGCCGUGGAGGAAGGAGCGGCUGAGGAGGCCAAGAGUGGGGGCAACUAGACUGCUGCUGUGGGCCCCAAUGCCCGAGGAUGCCCCUCUGCCUUGGACCCAGGCUCUUGCAUCUCAAGAGGUAGCUCCGCCCACCUGGCUGCCACUGUCUGCCCUCCAUGUGCUGCCGCUGUGUCACCUACCGCCCCCACCUUGUUUCCUCCGCUCCUUCUUGCCCCGAAGGUCAAAUGCUGCUGUGAAUUUUUUUUUUUUAAUGAUUCCAAAUAAACCACGAGCCUCGCCCCAG